AAUAGCAGUGUCAAACGGAAAGGUAUAUGUGCACUUUAUUGUUUCUUUGCCUUUGACAGUACGAUUUGCCGGAACGCAUUUAGUGGAUUUGUGAUGAGUUCUUUUCUCUUAAGGUAGAAUUUAGGAUAAGACAAAUUGUUUUCCCGUGCAGUUCGUGUGAAUCUAUAUUAGAAGAUGGAGGAUGUACUGGAAGAAGUUGUUUCUUCUGACGAUUUAAAGAAAUUUGAACGUGUUUAUCAUGAACAAUUACGUGCAGCAUCUGUGACGCAGAAGGCACAAUUUGAAUACGCAUGGUGCCUUGUUAGAAGUAAAUAUCCAGCAGAUAUUCAAAAAGGAAUAUUGUUAUUGGAAGACUUGUAUAGCAAUCAUAGUGACAGUGAAAAACGAGAUUGUCUUUAUUAUUUAGCUAUUGGGAAUGCUAGAAUAAAGGAAUACUCGAAAGCUUUAGCAUUCGUUAGAGCAUUCCUUAGAGUCGAACCUGGCAAUCAGCAAGUACAACAUUUGGAGACACUGAUUAAGAAAAAAAUGGAGAAAGAGGGUCUCUACGGCAUGGCCAUCGCAGGAGGGGUUAUUAUUGGCGUUGCAAGUAUCCUUGGUCUCGGGAUUGCGAUGACUAAAAAACAUUAAUUAACACAAGAAAGAGAAUUUGUGACUAUUACGUGAUGUGAACUAGUUGCUUUGUACGAAAUAUUAUCCACAAUUUGUUAAUCGAGAUAUACGAAGAUUUCAUAAAGAAACAAAAAAGUAGUAAUUUCUCGUGAAAGUUGAAUAAACCACGAUACAAUUCGUAAUAUAGAACGACAAAUUGUCAUUCUUUUUUUUUUUACAAAAACGAUAAGCAAACCAGAGAGAUGGAUAUCGCUUGCGCCGAUAUGUGUAUUGUUGUUCCAGAUUGUCGUAAAAUCUAUUAUAACUGUGUAUUAUAAAAUCGUGAGUGUUCAUUUUUUAUAUAAGGGAAACAAGAUUUUCGUAAUAUUUGUAUUUCGUUGCUUUAUGAAUGGGGAAAAAAAAACAUUCCGAAUGUUUCAAGUUUCGUCGUUCAAUUAGUUAAGCGUAUAGUGUUUGUCAAGAUUUAAUUUAUAUCUACACACACCAGGGGAACACACGAUAUUUGCUUAUACCAAAGCUUCAGUAUGAAUAAAUAUAGCUUUUGUACAUAAUGGUGAAACGACUGUACGAUCCUAUCUACAUGUAUUGUUACAUAAAUGUUUAACGGAAUAAAUGUUUUGUGUUACGACAGAA